GAAAGUUCCAGAAUCAUCCAAUCAAGUAUAAAAGAAGGCUUAGGCGCGAUUCUCCCCAGUUCAAACAAGUGAAACAAAUAAAGUGCCAAAUCGAGAAAUAAAUCGAAGCGAAAUCGAAUAUUUUAGUGUUUUCGGAGUUGCAAGUGAAAGAAAUUUACAGAAAAUGUCGCUCUUACCAUAUUUCCUUGACGAUCCUUGCUUGUUCCGGCCGUCGAGGCUUUUGGAUCAACAUUUCGGGCUCGUGCUGGACCCGACCGAUUUAAUCCAACCUAUGAAUGUCCCCAGCUUAUUAAUUCGUUGUCCUGCUGGUUACUUCCGGAACUGGAAAUCAUCAGCCUCCGAACGAGAUUCAGGAUCGGCUGUAACUUAUGAUAAAGACAAAUUUCAAGCUAAUUUGGAUGUACAGCAGUUCAAACCCGAAGAAAUAACUGUUAAAGUUACCGGGGAGAAUACCAUCACUAUCGAGGGUAAGCAUGAAGAGAGACCGGACGAACAUGGUCAAAUUUAUAGACAUUUCGUGAGAAAGUAUGUUCUGCCCAAGAACUGUGACAUGGCUAGAGUGGAAUCGAAGCUGUCUUCGGAUGGUGUGCUCACCAUAAGUGCCCCCAGAGUAGAUGAUAAGCAGAUUGAACACAAAACCAUUCCAAUAUGUCAAACUGGAGAGCCAGCUAAACCAGUUGAGCAGAAGAGUGAUGGGGACAAAAAAUAAAUUUUGUAUUUUUUUAUUGCCGUUCAUAUUGUACCAGUUAUUAAUACUUUUGUACCAAUUUUGUUAAGUCUGAUGUAGCACUUAGUUUUUUUAAUUAUUAAUUAUUGUUAUCUGUUCUUGUAUGAAUUAAAUAAAACGACGGUUUUUUUU